CCGACACACUGAAGAAAAAGAAGACGAACAUCUUCCCGAAAUGCUUUCCAAACAUGUAGGCCUGGUCCACCUGGCGCGACCGACAGGCACGACUGGCGUGACCUGUCCUGCGGUGCUCUUCUCGGGCUAGAAAAAGCGAGAAGAUGCAGUCGGCUUCUGCAGAGGUGGGCAGCAGCGCCGACUCUGUGGUGCAGGUAUGCUUCCCGAGCUCCCAGGCUUCGGUACUGGAUGGCCUAAACCAGCAGAGGGAGGAGGGUCGCCUAUGUGACCUUUCCAUCCACGUCCAAGGUCACGUGUUUAAGGCGCACCGCUGCGUCCUGGCCGCCUCCUCAUCGUACUUCCAUGAUCAGGUCCUGCUGAAGAACAUGUCCAGCGUGUCUAUCCCGGCCGUGAUGGACCCGCUGGCCUUUGAGAGCGUGCUGCGCUGCGCCUACACAGGUCAGCUCACGAUGCUGCGCGAGGACAUCGUCAACUACCUGACGGUGGGCAGCGUCUUGCAAAUGUGGCACAUCGUGGACAAAUGCACCGAACUCCUUAAGGAGGGCAGGACUGUUGGGGGAGGUUCGAGCGGCGGCUCAACUAAUGGCGGCGUCCUCGGUCGAGAUUCAGUUCGCCCAGCGGGCUCCCAAGACUCACAUUGUUCCUACGCAAAUGUGGAAAGGAGCCUUCAAGAGCCCUCACGAACCUCCCAGCCACCAAGCCGUCUGUCGGCCAGUGAGAGCCAGUCUCCCAGCAGCACCAACUACUUUAGCCCCGGAGCGGCCACGAACUUGGCGGGUGGCGGCGGAGUGGCCAGCAACACCCCCAGCUACUGCACGCCGUCCGGAGAGGAGGCCCUCAUGAUAGAAGAGAGAGAGGAGGAUGACGAGGGGGAAGAAGAAGAGGUUUACCAGCAAAAGUUGAGAGGAGGAGGCAGGAUGAAGAAAUUGGAGGAGGAAGUGGGCGUCAGUGACAGUUUUGGGGUUUCCUCAUAUCAGGACGGCGAGGACGUGUCACUGCAGAGACGCCCCGCCUACAUCCAGCCUAGCAUCAUGCCUCGCAAGCAGUGGGUGGUGGUCAAAGCUGAGCGGCCCGAGGACCACGACCUCAUCGUGGUGUCGGGCGAGGAGGGCGGCGGGGCAGAUGACGAAGAAGACGAGGAGGAGGAGGACGACGAGAGGGGGAUGGCGUCCGGCCGAGGGAGGGAUUGUGGCGACUUCGCCAUCUCGCACGUGCGGACGCUCUCGGUGGAGGCUGCCGAGGGAGUGGAGGCUGACGCACAGAUGGAUUACAGCCAGUCUUCUGACGACUUCCUCAAGUUGGAUGGCAGCUUGCUGGAAGCUGCCUUAGCUCAGCAGGUCCAAGACUCAGCAGUGGGACCCAAUCCGAGCCAAGGCGCCAAUCGAGCCGCCUCAGGCCUGCUGGGUCAGGUCCCGAGUCGCACCCAGCUCUUCCCUCUCGACAUGCAGGGCAACCAGAUCCUGGUCUUCGGACAAACAUCUGCGCUCUCGAUGGAUGCCGGACCGCCUCCUAUGAGUGGGAUGAUCGGCGGCGGCGGCGCUUUCAAAAGUGUGGCGCACGGCCCGGCUGUCUCAGGAAGCGACGGCGGGGGUGGUGGCGGCGGUUCAGCUAAAGUCUUUAUGUGCCACUGUGGCAAGACCUUCACGCACAAGAGCAUGAGGGACCGCCACAUCAACAUGCACCUGGACCUGAGACCCUUCCACUGUCCCGUGUGCGCCAAGAAGUUCAAGAUGAAGCAUCACCUGACCGAGCACAUGAAGACGCACACGGGGCUCAAGCCGUACCACUGCGCCGGAUGCGGCAAGAAGUUCAUGUGGCGAGACAGCUUCAUGAGGCAUCGAUCGCACUGCCAGCGUCGAGGAGGAGGAAGCGGCGGAGACAUCGUUGAUGUCCUUCCCGGCCCUCACCUCCUCCUCCCGCCAGGUGAGGGGGGUUUGCGAGGGGGUGGCGCGUCCUCUACCUCGCGCCUCCAUCACGUCGCCAACGGAGCUUCGUCGGGGAGCAGCAUGGCAGCGACGAUUUUUGGCAGCUUGCCGUUAGAGCACAACGAGUGCACGGAUCUUUCUAACGACAGCUAACACCUGAACGUUACCGACCAGUAGCAACAGCCGGUGACCCCUAACAACCACUAGAAACUGCCAGCGUGUGACUGCUAAUGUAAGCUAAUGACAACUAACAACACUUAACAACCGCUAAAGACUGCAAGUGUCCGUUAACAACCAAAAACGGGUGACAGCAACAACCAAUGACAGCUAUUGAUCGAUUAAAAAUGACUGCAAAAAUUUCUAAUGAUUGAUAAAAGCAGCUAACUCGUGAUUGCUGUUGAUUGCUAUCUACAGCCAACUGAAAAAAAGUUAACGGCCACCAUGGAAAACAAUGUCCACCGUUUUUGAAAUCUCAACGUACUUGAAUUGAACCUUUAUGUCGGAUGGACAAAGUAAGGCCUGUCACUUUUUGUGAUUUGUUGUUAUAUUUGUUUGUGUUUUUUGUAAAAUAGGUUCAUAAGAAUGUAUUUAUUUAUUUAUUCAUCUAAUUCCAUAAUUAGCGUCGCUAUAAUAGUUCUAUUUUUUUGUAAAUAAUUAUAAAUAAGGUAAACUAGUUUGUGCAGUUUUUUAACUUAAAAAAAUCCUUGAUGAAAAUGUUAGUGGUUCAUAUUUUUUCUACACUUAAUCAUUUCCUGAAUUGUUGCAUAGAAGUUUAAAAAAAGGUAAAUAUGGCCUAAGCAUACAUGUAAUUUUGACUGCUUCAGUUUUGAAGGAAUUUUUGUUUUAGUUGCAUUUGAUAAAUAGUCGGCCAUUUCCAUUUGCACAUGAAAUGAAUGAUAUUUGUACAUUUAUGAUAAAGAAUUUACAAUAUGGAGUUAGCAUCCUAGUGCUGGUUUGUUGAGAAUUAUUUAUGGAGAUUUUAUUAUUUGUCUAAUGUACAGUGUAUAUAUUCAUCAGAUUUUUUUUUUCACUCAAGGCUUUACUUUUUGCGCAGUAAAAUGUGAGCAUAAAAUCUACUCAUUCUGAUUUUGGAAUUGUUUUUCCCUCCUGCUUAUCAAAAAUCUACAAGUACUUGAUUGUAUCGAUACGAUAUCAAUAAAGGCCUACUUUGUGUCAGGCUGAA